CAUGUCGGCCGGAUACAGUACUGCCAGGAAGUGACGAGAUCAUCACAUGAGCAAGAACGGACGAGAAGACAAGCACUACAUGAUAGCAGGGCCCUCAAGCUUGACGUAGGCGACUGGGUUAUGCUGAUGCAGGAAGGAAAACAGCCUAAGUUGACUCCAAAAUGGCGAGGCCCAUUUAUUGUUAAUCAACAGACUGGCAGAGGAUCCUUUAGGCUUGUCAAUCUGGAUGAAUCAAGCACAACCAAGUUCGACUACCACCAGGACAUGCUAAAAUUAUUCAAACCAAGAGGAGGAUAUCUGAAGACAGCUGACGAUCUGACGCGACCUAUGGCGCAAGCUCUGAGGCGGCAGAAAAGAUCCAAGCUAAGGCAAUAAGGACAGACUGGAAUGGGGGAUCUCGGUGGAUACUUUGGCUCUAGAUGUG